AUGGGUCUCGGUGUACUCGAAGACACGGUCCUUGACCAUGUGCCCGGCACAACUCGCUACUUUGAUGACCCGGACCGGCCCCAGACUGCAGACACGGCCGACGCCCGUGGCCUCAAGUGCGACCACUCCGGCCCUAUCCCCAUCAUUCUCAUACCCCAACCCUCGGACGACCCCAAUGAUCCUCUGAACUGGCCUCUCUGGCGCCGCGACCUAAUCACCUUUAUCCUCUCCCUCACGGCCAUCUUUGCCACCUGUCUCGGCCCUAUACUCGCCGCAAACACGCUCACCCUCUCCAUUUACUUCAGCCUCAACUUCACCUACAUCGCCCUUCUCACCGGAUACUUCUUGCUUGGCGUGGGCGUUGCGGGCUUCUUCUGCGUGCCCUCCGGCAGGAUAUGGGGCAAGCGCCAUCUCUUCAUCCUCGGCACCUGCAUCCUCAUCGCCACUAGUGCCUGGGCUGGUGCCGUCGGCAAGAACUACACGAGCUUCGUGUGGGCUCGCAUCUUUCAGGGUAUCGGCUGUGCGCCCUUUGAGUCUCUGGUCAAUGCCGCCAUCGGUGACCUGUACUUUGUUCAUGAACGUGGAAAGCGCAUGGCUUUUACGAACCUGGCCGUGUUUGGAGGAGCCUUCUUCACCCCGAUUCUCGUUGGCAAGAUCACACAUACAAUCAGGUGGUGGUGGACUUUCAAUCUCGUCGCUAUCUUCAGCUCCGUGUGCCUGAUUGCCAUUUUUCUAUGGGUUCCUGAGACAGCUUACGUGCGAGAUGCCGCGCUCAACACGGACAUCUUUCAGGAGUCUCCUGACUCCGAACCCAGCAAGGAACUCGCACGACCCUCGCCCACCGAGCAGGGCCAAGCAACAAUCCCGGCACCCAAGUCUUUUGUGCAGCGGCUCGCACUCUUCGACGGCCGGAAGACUAACGAAUUCUUCCCUGUGCUACUGUUCAGGCCCUUGCCCUUGUUCGUGCAACCGGCCUUCCUAUGGGCGUGCCUCAUCCAGGGCACAAUGAUUGGCUGGACUGUCUUCAUCGGCGUCAUUCUCGCAGCCCUCUUCCUUGGCCCGCCUCUCUUCUGGACCGAGGUGCCCACCGGAUAUGCUUACACAGGACCUUUUGUCGGCGCUGUCCUGGGCUUCUUGAUUUCAGGAGCAUUAUCUGAUUGGAGCGCGAGAUACAUGACCAAGCUCAACGGAGGUGUAUAUGAGCCAGAGUUUCGAAUUGUGCUGAUAAUUCCUCAGCUCAUCUUUGGCUGCAUGGGCUUGUUUGGCUUUGGAUACACAGCCGACAUGACGCUACAAAGUCAGAUUCAUUGGGUCGUGCCCAUUGUAUUUUUCGGAUUCGAAGUAUGCGGCAUGAUUAUUGGUGCUACGGCCAGUGCGUUGUACCUGGUCGAUGCCUACAGACACCAAGCAAUCGAGGGCUUCACGAUGCUGCUCAUCUUCAAGAACCUCUUCAGCUUCGGCCUCACCUUCAAGGCGUACGACUGGCUUGUCCAGGGCGGCGUCGUGUACGUGUUUAAAGUCCUAGGUCUGGUGCAGAUUGUCAUCUGUUUGACGAGCAUUCCCAUGUACAUUUACGGGAAGCGUCUACGCAGCUUCUUUCACAGGCACGACUUGCUCAAGAUGACUGGACUUGCUUGA